AUGGCUGCACCUUUCAUUCUGCUGGUUUUGUGCUGUGCAUUUAGACUAAGCUUCAGUGUGGAUCCACCUGAAUGGUUCCACAACAUUUCUACCAGUCUCUUCAAUUUGUCUGGGGACAUUAUGCUCGGAGGGCUCUUUCCCAUCAACCUGCUCUCCAGCGACCUCAGCCAGAGGACGGAGCCUAACAACAUCAGCUGUGAAAAUAUAGAUGAAUAUGGACUGGGCCUUGCUAUAGUAAUGAAAUAUGCAGUGGAUGAGAUCAACGCGAACCAAAUUCUGCUCCCUGGCAUGAAGUUGGGUUAUGAAAUCUAUGACACAUGCAGACAAUCUGCGGUCAUCGUGAAGCCGACCAUGUCUUUCCUCACUGCAAAAUCUAACAAAGUGCUAUCUGUGGAGUGUAAUUACACAAACUAUGAGACCAGCAUAUCAGCCAUCAUUGGUCCUUUAAGCUCGGAAAUGGUGUCGGUCAUAGGAAAACUCCUGGGAUUCUUUCUGAUGCCACAGGUUAGCUUCGGUGCCACCAGUGACAAAUUCAGUGACAAACUUCUGUACCCGUCAUUCUUCCGUACGGUGCCCAGUGACAAAUGGCAAGUGAAGGUUAUGGCGCUUCUGCUGAAACAGUUUCAUUGGAACUGGGUGGCGGUGGUGGGCAGCGAAGAGGAGUAUGGACAACAAGGUGUGCAGGAAUUCUCCAAAAUAGCAGAAAAUAUGUCUCUCUGUGUGGCCUAUCAGGGGCUGAUUCCAGUAUACUCUGACGCUAAUUCAACGAUCAAUACCAUCCUCAACAAUAUUGAAGAAACCAAAGUCGGAGUAGUAGUGGUAUUUGUUCUUCCAGAGCAAGCUGUGAUCUUUUUUAAAGAGGUCAUCAGGAGGAAUAUAAGGGCUGUCUGGAUUGCCAGUACAAGUUGGUCCAUCAUUAAUGGAGUGACUUCCCUGCCAAAUAUCCAAACAAUCGGCACAAUCAUUGGAUUCACUGACCAGACAAAGACCCUAGAUCUGUUCACUCUCUACACGCAGGUGCUCUUCACCAAACUGAGUAAAGAGAGGGCAAAUACAUCCCCUCCAGCACAAAAGUCCAAAGGCGAUUUUGACAAUCCCUGCCCACAAUGUUGGAACUUGUCAUCUGCUAAUAUUACCUCGGUGAUAAACCCUGCAGUGAAGCGCAAUGCUUUUAGUGUGUAUGCUGCCAUCUACAUUGUGGCACAGGCACUGCACAACCUGCUGGGAUGCAAUUCAACUGCCUGUAUGCAGAAAACCAAAAUUUAUCCCUGGGAGCUGUUGGAGGUUUUAAGGAAUACGUCUAUAGACAUACAUGGCACACAUUUAAAGUUUGACAGUCAAGGCAACCCAAAUGUAGGGUACAAUAUGAUUGAGUGGAUCUGGAAAGACUCGGUUAUCGACUUCAUAAAGGUUGGAAGCUUUAAUGCAGAACUAUCCAUGAACAAAACCCUCUUCAAAUGGCACACUGAAAACUCUGAGGUUCCUCAGUCCACCUGCUCAGCAGAAUGUGGGACAGGACAGGUCCGCAGAGUCAAAGGCUUCCAUUCCUGCUGUUUUGAUUGUAUUGACUGUUUGCAAGGCACUUACCAGAAGAAUGACGAGGACACCCAGUGCACUAAAUGCCCUGAUCGUCAAUGGUCUUCAAACCGCAGCACUUCUUGCAAAAAACCCAGCUUUGAUUUUUUGUCCUGGAACACGCCUGAGGCUCUGGCAAUGAUGCUGGCUGGGGUGCUGCUCCUGGUAUGUCAGGUGUUAGUGGGUGUUGUGUUCCUGAAGCACCGGGGGUCUCUAUUGGUAGCGGCCUCGGGGGGAAUCCUGAGUUUUGUGGCUCUGCUAAGCCUGAUGGGAGCUUGCCUCAGUCUUCUGCUCUUCCUGGGGCAGCCAGGGGACGUGGUGUGUCGUUUUCAGAUCCCCUUUACCUCCAUUUUCCAAACAGUGGCCCUCUCCAUUAUCACGUUCAUCUCAUUACAGAUAAUAUACGUGACAGAGUUCCCAAAGACGGCCGCCUCUCACCUGCAUAUAUUAAGAGGCCCUGGAAGGUGGCUGUUUGUGCUGGUCUGCUGUGCUGUGCAGGCUGCGCUCUGUGGCUGGUUUGUUCAGCUAGUGCCCUCGCUGACUGAAUCUGUGGAAAACAUGAAAAUAGACUUUGAGAGAGCUUUUCUGUCAUGUCCAAUGUCCCCCUUGAUUGGAUUUGCCGUAUUACAAGGAUUCAACGGUGCAAUGGCCCUCAUAUCAUUCAUGUCUACCUUCAUGGCAGCAAAGCCUCUUCAUCAGUAUAACCUUGCCAGGGACAUCACCUUUUCCUCCCUGAUCUACUGUGUGAUUUGGGUCACCUUUGUUCCGAUCUACAUAGGCUUGAAUACCAAGAACAAAUCUAUUGUCCAUGUUUCUUUCACCCUGACAAGCAACUUCGGACUAGUGGCAGCCUACUACUUCCCAAAAUGUUACUUGCUGUUAAGAAAACCUGAGCUCAAUACAGCAGAGCACUUCUGUACCUUUCUAGAGGGCGCCCCACUAACACAAGCUCAGGAGGAACCACCGCCAGAGAAAGAGUUAGGGAAAUAA